AUGAAGGUCACCGACAUUACGUUGAUUGGUGCGAUGCUUGGUAUAGCGCAGGCUAGCCCUGUUGCCACACUUGCAGAUAUCACCGACGUCAAUAUCCUCAACUAUGCCUUAACGCUCGAGCACCUCGAGGCCACCUUUUAUGAGGAGGGUCUCAACAACUACACCCGGGAAGAUUUUGUGAAAGCAGGCUUCAAAGAUCCGUUCUACGCCAACCUGCAGGAGGUCGCUUCGGACGAGAAGACGCACGUGGCUUUCCUCACGCAGGCUCUCAGUGAUUUACCUUGA